AUGGAGAUAAAAGUGAAUGGAUCAUGGAUCAUCAAACAUAUACUGAAGCUGGGAGAGGAUAUCAAAGGUACUCAACAAUGGCAGUACUUGAAUCAAGGUGCCAAAUUCCAAACUAGGGACAUUUACAAGGAAUUAAUGAAGCAUCAUCCAUUGGUUGAAUGGCGAGGAUUAGUGUAUAAGAAUAAAGCUAGACCUAGAGCAGUGUUUGUGUUAUGGUUGGCCUGUCAACAUAGGCUUGCGACGAAGGACCGGUUGGCUAAAUUUGGAGUUAAUGUUGAUCAACACUGUGUGUUCUGUGGCUGUAUAGAAACUGUGCAACACCUUUUUUUCGACUGCAUGUACACAAGUAAGGUGUGGGGAGAGGUUCUGGGCUGGCUGUGCAUUCAGCAUAGUAUCCAAGAGUGGAACAAAGAGUUGCAAUGGCUCAUCAAAAUUUGCAAGAGUCGAAAUUGGAGGAAACACUUUGUUAAAAUUGCUGUGGCUGAAACAGUCUAUGCUGUUUGGAUGGAUAGGAAUGCUAGAGUCUUUAGGAAUGAGAUGCAAGAUAAGAACAUUGUGAAUAGCAUUAUAGAAAGAAUUACUAAUAGAAUUUGGGUAUACCCCAAGUAUAGAGAUAGAUUAGCCCAUCUGUUACUAGCUUAA